UCUCGCUCUCCCUCUCUAACAAAAUUAUGUUCAGUUUUACUGAUACACAUUCCCUUUUUUCAGUCUUCCAUCAACUCCGUUCUAAGGUGGGUUAUCUUCAUUUUGUUUGAAGUAUUGGGUGGCUUCAUUAUAGGAAUGGUAUCUCGAAAUGUAGAAACUUCUCAGGUGAUUCCAGACAAUAAAUUGCCAAAAUUCUUUAUGGGGGAUGGGGGUACAUCAUCUGGUUCGAGUGCCCCAUUUGAUCGGCCUCGACCUCGUCCUACAAAUACGAUCUUCAAGAGCGGGCCCCUUUUCAUAUCAUCGAAAGGAAUAGGGUGGACUUCUUGGAAGAAACGUUGGUUUAUCCUCACACGUACAUCCCUAGUCUUUUUCAGAAAUGACCCAAGUGCUCUUCCUCAGAAAGGUGGUGAAGUGAACCUGACCCUUGGUGGUAUCGACCUCAAUAAUUCAGGAAGUGUUGUUGUAAGAGCAGAUAAGAAGCUAUUGACAGUGUUGUUUCCUGAUGGACGUGAUGGUCGAGCUUUCACUCUUAAGGCAGAAACUUCAGAGGAUAUGUACGAGUGGAAAACGGCACUUGAUAAUGCACUGGCACAGGCACCCAGUGCAGCCCUUGUGAUGGGACAAAAUGCCAUUUUUCGCAAUGAUGCAGCUGACACAAUUGAAGGAACUUUUGAGCAUUGGCGAGAUAGGCGUCCUGUAAAGUCCAUGGUUGUUGGCAGGCCCAUACUUCUUGCUUUGGAAGACAUUGAUGGUGGUCCAUCCUUUCUUGAGAAGGCUCUCAGGUUCCUUGAACAGUUCGCAGGAGUAAAAGUUGAAGGAAUACUACGACAAGCAGCUGAUGUUGAGGAGGUUGAUCGUCGAGUUCAGGAAUAUGAGGAUGGAAAAACUGAGUUUUCUCCUGACGAAGAUGCACAUGUUGUGGGUGAUUGUGUGAAGCAUGUUCUACGUGAAUUGCCAUCAUCGCCAGUUCCGGCAUCGUGCUGCACUGCACUAUUAGAAGCAUACAGAACUAAAAGGGAAGCUAGAGCGGAUGCAAUGCGUGCUGCAAUAUCUGAGACAUUCCCAGAACCUAAUCGCCGGUUGCUACAAAGGGUUCUUAAGAUGAUGCACACUAUUGCUUCUCACACUUCUGAGAACCGGAUGUCCCCAUCAGCCGUAGCAGCCUGCAUGGCACCUUUGCUUUUACGCCCACUGUUGGCUGGUGAUUGUGAGAUUGAGGAUGAUUUUGAUAUGGAUAGUGAUGGUUCCGCUCAGCUAAUGGCAGCGGCAGCAGCAGCUAAUAGUGCUCAUGCCAUCGUUACAACUCUUCUUGAGGAGUAUGAAAACAUAUUUGAAGAUGGCCAGUCGCAAAAGGAUUCCCUUUCACCAGAUAUAUACUCUGAAACUGAAGAAAGUGGCAGUGAGGAGUAUACCGAUGAUGAGGCUAUGGAUAUGGCAGAUGAUGGAUAUCAUGAUGCAAAACAUGACCUUGAUCCCGAUAUAGAGGUUGAUCAUGAGCGUGUUCUAAGUGGGACUCGAAGCGAAAGCAGCGGGAACGCAGGCAGUGAUCUCUAUGAUUAUAAGGGUUUUGAAGGUCUUGAUUCUGAUGCUGACUCCCCCGAAGAUAAUAACAAAUGCAUAUCUGUUGAGAGGUCAUUAAAGGAGGCUUCUGUUCCAGUGGGAGAUCAAAAUGUGGUGCAGCAAAGUUCAUUAAAGGAGGCUUCUGUUCCAGUGGGAGAUCAAAAUGUGGUUCAGCAAAUUUCAUUAAAGGAGGCUUCUGUUCCAGUGGGAGAUCAAAAUGUGGUUCAGCAAAGUUCAUUAAAGGAGGCUUCUGUUCCAGUGGGAGAUCAAAAUGUGGUGCAGCAAAGUAGUGGGACUCUACAGUCACCAAAUGAUAAAUCAAGUACCAUAUCUACCAAUGAAUCUCAUGAGGCUCAGGAUGAUCCCCCAACUUCAGCAAGUCCGAAGCUUAGUACUGGCUUGAGUCCAGCAUCUUGUGUUACAAAAUCCACUGGCAAUGUCAAUGGAUCAGUUACAAAUGCUAAGCGCCCAACUAUAUGGGGUCGGACCUCUGCACGAAAGAACCUUUCUAUGGAGUCCAUUGAUUCUUCUAGUGAAGAUGAAAGUGCAAUUCAGAGGCUUGAGAUCACAAAGAACGAUCUUCGGAAUAAGAUUGCAAAAGAGACAAAGGAGAAUGCCAUUUUGCAAGCAAGCUUGGAGAGGAGAAAGCAGGCUUUGCAUGAGCGUCGGUUAGCAUUGGAGCAAGAUGUAGCAAGACUGCAAGAGCAACUGCAAAAAGAGAGGGAUCUGAGAGCAUUAUUGGAGGCCGGAUUAAACAUGCCAUCAGAAGGAUAUGCAAUCUCCUCAAGUAUGGACUCCAAGACAAAGGUAGAGCUCGAGGAAAUUGCUCUUGCAGAGGCAGAUGUAAUGAAAUUGAAGCAGAAGGUUGCUGAUCUUCAUGUGCAGCUUAACCAGCAACGUCAGCAUCGUUUUGGUUCUGUGUGUAAUUCAUGCGGUCAAUAUCAACAUUCACAAAAUAUUCAAUGGCCGGGGAAGCUUCCUCAGCAAGAUCAUGAAAUAACUGAUCAGCUUGAAAGCACACAGAAGAGUGAGCAAGAUGUUCUAUUUGGAGCAGACUGGGAGAAUCUAAGACCACAAGGAUCGCCUUCCACUCAAAAGCGACACCCUCCCCAAAAGAAGAAACCUAACUCAAUGAGCCUCACAGAUUCUCCUAGAUGCACUUUCGAGGAACCAUCAACCCUGGAAACAAAUAGGCAAACCGCCAUGCAACGAGAGGGAAAAGUAUAUAAACGACAACCUGCUGGUUAUUUGGCUUUGGCUGAAUUGACAACCCGAUUGGGUUUAUUGAAGCAACGACGCUCCCAGCUCGUAGAAGAGCUUCAUAAUAUUGAUGGAUCCAAAACCACAACUUCACAAGGCCCCAAGGACAAGGCUCCAUCAGGAAACCCAGUCAAGAUGAUGGAAGGUUAGAUAUCACAGUGGCAGUGUUCUGCUCUUUGUACGUACUGAAAAUGAAAAACAGAAAAAGAAAAAAAAAAAACUUCAGUCAAGGUGUAUCUUGUCAUGGUUUGUAAUGUUUUCAAUUUUUGGUUGAUGAUGCUCUCACUUCCAUUUGUAUUUACCAGUUAGUGGGUUCGCCUUUCUAUUUAGUAUCAGUUAGAGGGUCAUGUGUAAGUUGUAUGUGAGCAGCUUUUUAUCUAUGUAAAGAUUUCUGCUUUGUGAAAUACAGUGGACCCGUCAGUUGGCAUGGCAAGGCUCGCGAUAAAAUGGUAAUCCUUUAACCUUCCAAGUG